AUGACGGCGAACUACACGGUUGACAAUAACACCAUCCAAUCGCCCAAGAAAUCCGUCAGAAUCUGUGCCGUUUGUGGCGAUACACCGGCUAAAUUACAUUAUGGAGUGCUGGCCUGUUUUGGCUGUAAAGGCUUCUUCCGACGGGCGGUGAAGGAAGGGAGAAACAAGUACGUUUGUCGCUACGACAAGCAAUGUAAAGUUGACAAAUGUAGGUUGUUUUACAGAGUUUUUCAACCAUUUCUUACCUUCAAUGUAAAUGUAUUUUAGAUGAAAGAAACAGUUGUCGCUACUGCCGAUUCCGACGAUGCUUGGAAGUUGGCAUGAAUCCAGAUGGUGAGUAACCUACAACUACAUUAACUUAAAGUUUCAGCUGUUCGGCCAGACAGAAACGAAAACACUGGCUGUAAAAGUAACAAAUCAGUUUCUCCUGAACAAGGUAAAGCCGUUCACAGUUCGUCGCACUUCCGUUUGAGCCGUCAGGAUUCAAGUAGACCCCUCGAGGACGUUCCGGAAGACAAUUGCACUUUGCCGGAUUUGUGAGUUUCUAUUGUUUUGCGUCAUUCAUUUACUAUUGUUUCGUUUAGUAAUUUAUUAGUUAUUAUUUUUGAAAUUUUAAAUUCCGUUUAAAUUAAUUUCAGUGAGCUAGUAGACGAGAUAAAGAACGUAGAAGAAAGUAGCAUAAAACAAUGUCGUACCCAAAGCCUAGAAUCCGUCAAGAACUUCACGCUGAAGAGUCUCAUCAACGAACGCUUCCUCGCUUCGACCGAGCAGGUAAUGCUUUAAUUAUGUCUGAUACACCAUGUUUAGAACAGACCCAUCUUCGAGAACGCUGACGACUCCUUCUACGCGCUGUGGAGGGUCGUUCAGGUGGUGGACUGGGUGAACGGUCUGUGUUCUGUGGCUUCAAAACACAUCAAGACCAUCGACAACUUCACGGUGGAAGACAAAGUGGCGAUUGUCCAGAGUGUGUUCACCAGAAUCACCUUUUUCCGUUUGUGUACGGACCGAGUUUUGGAAAGGAAAACAGACCAAUUGGCCGUUAUGCGCACCCUUUUCUUAGAAGAGUAAGUUAAAAAGAACACGCAAAAACAAAUUUUUUAUUUGUUUAGGGACGACCUGGUUUAUAAUUCUGCUAGUGAAGAUGUAAUUCGUCCACUCAAGAAGACCGCUACGACAGAGACCGAGCUUCUCCUGUUCCAAGCCAUCUUAACAGCCGAUCCCGCUAUCAAGGGCAUCAGGCCGGCUGCCUCCGACCUGCUUUUAAAGCUCAGAAACCUACUGAUAGACUCGCUACUAGACGUGAUAAAGAAGUCCCAUCCCCAUCUGACCUCACCGUUCUCUCAAUGCGGAAACAUGCUUCUGUUGACACCGUCAGUCCUGGUAUGUUAAACAAACGAAAACAACACCUUUUCAGACAAUAUCAGACAGACUCCACUCCGCGUUACAACAACACUUCCCUUUGUCGCUGGCUGUAAGCGAGUACCCUUACUUCCGGCUACUCCAAUCGCUAGCCAAUCCCGAUACCACCGACUACCUCAGAUUCCCCCAAUUCAACAGAAAACUGUUUGGAGCUGAGAAGUCUCCCGAGAAGCCGCCAGAAAGGCCGCCAGUCCCAGAUUCAUGGCAAACGUUCGCCAACGCUUUCACCGAGAUUCAUAUGACAUCGCAGUUGAACGGAUCUACGUGCGGACCUACUUUCUCGUUGAUGUCAGCACUGAAUCCGCUACAAGGCCCGUCAUUCUACACAACUCCAUCACUAUUCCCUAAUCAACCCCUGCCUGAUCCUCCCCCAAGUUGUUCAGCUUUUGUUACCGUGCCAGCGUUACCACUAACUGUGACAGCUCCAAGUCCAUCAAGCGAUGUGCUGACGCCUCAGGGACUGCCCACCAACAGUCCAGCUUGCAACUCCGACAUUAACAGUUCAUAUCCACUAGACACCUCCCCCACCACAGCACCUACUGGUCACCGGCUGGAAGUCCCUAACACACAUCAGACCUUGAAUGCCAAUGGCAGAGUCUACAAGCUUCCCUUACAGCUAACCAAAUCAAUCGAAGAAAUGCUAAAGCCCCCAGGGCAGUCGCAAGAAGACACCAACUGGAACAAACCGCUGACAAUGGACUGGGCCGACCUCCAGGUCAGCACUCCAGCAUUUAACAAAGAAGUCGCCAAGUUCUUCCCAGAAACGGCCCUACCCCACAAUGUGUAA